CGGAGUCCUGACGAGGGGAUAGCGCUGUACAUACACCGCUGGUACCCGGCCAUUCAGAGAGAGAGCGACAAGGCGGGCGAAUAGAGAAUAAUCAGCAUCUUAUCCAUUGCAAUCCCUUGAGUAGCGAAACAUCAGGCGGCCCCUGAGCCAGACAGUUCCGUGCCCACGUUCCCCAAGAUGAAGGAGUCGGAGUGUAACGGCACCUCCUCCCCCGGGGAGCACCCUGUGCCUCUCGCUCUGUAUCGUCCCGGAGACUCCGCACCUUCCCCGGGCUGUGGCCCCCGGUGCCGCCGGUUCCUCCGGGGGAAUGUGCUGGUGCUGCUGACUGUGAUGGGGGUGAUUUUAGGCGCAGGGCUGGGGAUGGCAGUGAGGCCGCUGAAUUUGUCCAAAGCUCAUAUCGCCUCUUUCUCCUUCCCGGGGGAACUGCUGCUUCGCCUGCUCAAGAUGAUCAUCCUGCCGCUGGUGGUCUGUAGCCUGGUGUCCGGGGCCGCUUCUCUCCAGCCUUCUGCCCUGGGCAAGCUCGGGGGAUGGGCCAUGCUCUUCUUCCUCAUCACCACGCUGCUCGCUUCAAGCCUGGGAGUCUGCCUGGCGCUGCUCAUUCGGCCAGGGGUGGGAGCCCUGGUGGAGUCCGGACAAGGAGAUGGAGUACCUGAGGGCAAGGACGUGGUCGACUCGUUCCUGGAUCUGAUCCGAAAUAUUUUCCCAUCAAACUUGGUGUCUGCUGCUUUUCAGUCGUAUGCCACGAGCUACAAACUUGAACAUGUAAAUUCCAGUGUACUUGGAGACAUGAACAGCACAUGGGUUAAGGUUCCCUAUGGGCAAGAGGUAGAAGGCAUGAAUAUAUUGGGCUUGGUGGUGUUUGCCAUUGUUUUUGGAAUUGCACUUAGGAAGUUGGGCCCUGAAGGAGAAAUUCUUAUUCGUUUCUUCAACUCCUUCAAUGAGGCUACCAUGGUUCUGGUGACAUGGAUCAUGUGGUAUGCUCCACUUGGUAUUAUGUUCCUUGUGGCAGGCAAGAUUGUGGAGAUGGAAGAUGUUGUCCAGCUUUUCACCAGUUUGGGGAAGUACAUAUCUUGCUGCAUUGUUGGCCAUAUCAUACACGGUCUGCUGGUACUCCCGCUCAUUUAUUUUGCCUUUACUCGGAAGAACCCAUACCGCUUCCUUUGGGGUAUUGUGAGUGCACUGGCAACAGCAUUUGGGACCUCCUCCAGUUCCGCCACACUUCCACUGAUGAUGAAAUGUGUAGAGGAAAAGAAUGGUGUUUCCAAACAGAUCAGUCGGUUCAUCCUUCCAAUAGGAGCCACGGUGAAUAUGGAUGGUGCUGCUCUUUUUCAAUGUGUAGCGGCCGUAUUUAUUGCCCAACUUAACAACGUCUCCCUUGACUUCAUCCAAGUCAUUACAAUUCUUGUGACAGCCACAGCUUCCAGUGUGGGAGCAGCUGGUAUCCCUGCCGGGGGAGUCCUGACUCUUGCUAUAAUUUUAGAAGCUGUGGGGCUUCCAACAAAUGACAUUUCGCUUAUCCUGGCUGUGGAUUGGUUGGUUGACCGCACAUGCACUGUACUAAAUGUGGAAGGUGAUGCCUUUGGUGCAGGGCUGCUGCAGGUAUACAGCGACCGAACAUCUUCAAGUAACGAUGGGGCAGAACUAUCAGCAGUGCAAGUUGAAAUUCCUGGAGACCAUCCUGAAGGUGACCCACUCCUACAAAAGCACACACAAUUAAAAAGCGAUGGUGCAAGUGCUCUGGAAAAGGAGUCUACAAUGUGAGGAACUACUGGCUGCUGAAUGAGCAAAGUUGGGAUUAUUGUCAAUUCAGAACACGAGGACUCAUCUGAUUCUGGGCCUGGACGAACUGUACAGCUCAAGGGCUUUUAUUUUUAUAUAUAUAUUUUUUUAACUUAUGUUCACUGUUAGCAGGGCAGUUAGGUUCUCUCAUUGAAUCAGGUCAGUCCUUUUUUUAUUUUAAGUCUUAGAGCAAGCUUCACUAGCAGAAAAGAUGUACAUACUCAUGUGUUUACAAUGUGGUGUAUAUUGAUGCUUUCCACUUCACUCCAGAAUGGGCUUUAACUGAGCUCAGUGAGCCCUGUGGUCAACCUACAGGAGUGAUCAGCAGCACUAAAUGUAAAAAUGUGUUUGUGAACAUUAUUUUUUUUCUAUUGGGUUCAGCAAAAAUCUGUAUUUCAGUGUGUUUAGUCCCAAUCUGUUUAUUUGUGUUGACAUUUUGUGGAAUGUAUUAAAAGAUAGCACAUUACCUGCAAUUUAUGGGAAAAAGCACAUGGGUACGUACCCCAAGGAACCGACUAGGGCUUAGGGACAUAUUUACCCUAAACCUGAAGGUAUAAGACAUUCAACACAUCAAUUCCAUUAAAGGGGUUGUGUACUUUAAUAUUAGAAUUUUAGUGUGGUGUAAGCCAGUGGUUUCCAGAUUUUUUUUUUUUUUUUAGUUUUAAGCCCCCAUUUUGAGGUCUACAGUUUGUUUUGUGCCCCCCUGUACCUCUUAAUAUUAAGCAUUGCUAUAUCAUCCAUUCAGGCAACAUUCCAGUGAUUUCUGGCACAAUAUAUUAAUAUUCACUGCCCAAAAUCCUAAUGACCUCCAAGCAUAGCUUCCAGGAGAGAAACAUGGGGCUAGGCCCUCCGUUUUGAAACCACUGGUGUUAGAAUAGAAUGCUAAGAAUUUCCACCUAACCUUUAAUUAUUUAUUUAAGUUUUUAAUUUUUUGAAUUAUCUACAAUUUGUUCUGCAAAUUUGAUUGCUAGAGCUUAAUUACCCUAGCAACACAGCAGCAUCUUGAAAGUCAGAAUGGGAAUGAAUAGUAGGGGCCUAAAAAGCAAUCCAGAGAAACCUACAUUUUACAUCCCCUGAUUUUAAGUUUUCCCUAAUUUUACACUAAUUGUCGUGGUCCCACCAAUAUAUGAUGCAUAAUGAAAUUUCCUGAUUUUGCCUUUCCUUAGAUUUUUUUCAUCAUUUCUUUUUCUGGCCCCAUGAAAUAUGUAUAAUUAGGGUUUCUGGAGUUAGUACAGACAACCAGAUAACAUUUUCAGUUGCAGCCACGGAAAGGCAGAAUAGGAAGAUAAAUAAGUCAAAAUCUGUACAAAAUAUGAAGGUGAAAUGAAAAGUUGCUUAAAUAUGUCAUAGAUGGACUUUCAUAGAGUAAGUUAAAGGUAAAAUUUCCCUCGAGAGAGGAUAUUCCUGAAGGGUUGCUUAUGUGAGGUCAAAUUCCUCAUACCCUGUUACACACAAUGCUGCAGGGAGCUGUGUCUUUAUAUGCAGCCCUAAUGUAUAUGUAUGUAUGGUAUAUGUAUAUAUGUCUGUGUGUAUUGUUACUUUGUGGGAUGGUCAUACCUGAGUUUAUUACAAAGUGUUUACGUAUUUGGACCAAACAAGAGCAUAAUUGAAUAAUUGCAACAUUGUGUACAUAAGUCUUUUUUAAAUACUUUUACGCAACUUCUUUGCAAUGGAAACACUUGCCAUGCGAUGAAUUUGUGUAUUAAAACAUAAAUCUGUCAUUUUCCCUUAAAGUAGUACAUGGGAUAAGUACUAUACACUACAGCACACAAACCAAACAAGGCUGCCCGUGUACACGAGUGUGCAUGCACUAAUAGACCCCAAAGAUGAAGUAAUAAAAAAAAUUGUAAAUCUU